UCCAAGCCAGAAGAGAGGAGCGAUCUGACUGUACAUGUGUGCAGUCUUCAUCUGAUGACUCAUUUAGUGGUUUGUUGACAUGGUCACUGUACACAGAGAUGUCACGAGAUGACAAGCUAAAGGGCUGUCUUAAGCAAAUUAAUCUCGCUGGCUCAUCAAGAGAGUUGCUGGGUGAUUUUGGAGUCAUCUAGGUGUGUAUGGUGACCUAUGCCCUUAUAGCUCCAAAGUCAGCAGUUCUGAAAGUACCACAACUACAACUCCCAAGGGAAGACCUGAAAGUGUGUUUGGAAGACACCUAUAAUAAUGAAUGAAGAGGAUGUGAAGGCUGGGUAUGUUCACCAGCAUGCAAUCGAGGUGGUGGACUUUAGCUCCCAAUAUGGCUACGACGGCAGCAUGUCCUAUGUGGCCUCAAACCUGGCGGGACCGCCCAACGUCUUUCCCGGGUACGGCGACUUCACGCAGGCUUGCGUAUUCCGCACCUACGGACCCUGGUGGAAGAGUUGUCCGUCCGCACGGAAGCCUAUCAACCGCGCCCCGAUAACAUUCCGCAGCCAGGACUACAUUGAGCUCCUGUUUGAAGAGAGGGUGUAUCCGAGUCGGAUCGACAUCUUCGAAACCUACAAUCCCGGUUCCGUGGUGAAGAUCCUUGCGUGCAACACCUCUCCGAAAGACUUCGAGGAACUGGACCCUCCCGAGGACGUGGAAUGGGCGACACUGUGGGCGGGGCAGCCAGAGAGCUUACCCGCCAGGCCCAGGGAGUUCUCGCCACCUCUCAACCCAUGUCCGUUCGCCACCAAUCUGAUCCGCUUAGAGGUCAACCAGAAGCUCUUGGAAUACUACACUGAACUGGACGCGGUGAAGCUCUACGGUAUCCUCGAGUGUAAAGAGCUCCAGAACUCGUCUGACCAUCCCAGCAGACAUCUCUACCCCGACCCAGGGAUCUCCGCUACAGAGAAGAUGCUCAGAGACUUGAUGCUCGUCGACAAGAAGAGUGCGCCCGGGAAUAACGGUUACUUUGACAUCCUCCCCAGCGAGGUUAUCCAGUUGAUACUUAGUUAUCUGGAUAUGCCAAGCCUUUGUAGUGCAGCGUUGUCUUGUAGCUUUUUGAUGCACCACUGUUACGACCCGCUCCAGUACACUGACUUAGACUUGCAGCCUUACUGGUCCCAGGUAGAUGACUACGUACUCAAGUGCCUUCAAAUCCGCUGCUCACACCUGCAGCAGUUAAGCCUUUCCUGGUGCGGUAGAUACGAUAUGAUAAAGGGUCGUACGUUUAACGAGUUUCUAGAGCACUGUGGCAGCGAGCUGACGUGCCUUAGGCUCGCCUGUUCUCGGUUUCUCUACGCAGAUUGUCUAAGAGCCGUAGGGGUUAGCUGUCCACUGUUACAGGAGCUUGACCUGUCAUCGUGCACUUAUCUGCAUGACACAGCCUUUCAACAGGUGGCAAACUUCACGUCCCUGAGAAGGUUGAAUCUGUAUCGCACCAGCGUUGUUGGAAGCACUGUCAGAUCCAUCAUCAGAAACAACCCAGGGUUAGAGUACUUGAACCUGGGAGGUUGUAAGAGUUGCGACGGCAUGGAUGACGUUGCGAUUGACCUUGCUCAACACUGCCCCCAGCUGAAAGCUGUAGAUUUCUGGCGAUGCAGGUCGCUGACCAACAUUGGGCUGAGGGCGCUGGCUAGCGGCUGCAGCCUGCUGUUGGAACUUGACCUCGGUUGGUGUCCCGAGUUACGCUCCAACACGGGCUGUUUCGUGUCCCUCGCACAAAGCUGCCACCUGUUGAAAAAGCUGUUUGUCACCGCUAAUCGAACGGUCAGCGACAAUGACCUAUUCGCCCUGGCUAAACACUGCAGGGACUUAGAACAGCUGGACAUCCUGGGGACACGGAUGGUAUCUCCGGACGGUGCUCUCGCUGUUCUAAACUCCUGCAAGAAGCUGUCCUUCUUUGACAUAUCUUUCUGUUCUCAGUUGGACUUUGCUAUGGUUUAUAAAUGGAAGAUGGCAUUCCCGGAUGUUGCUCUCAGAAAAAGCUUCCAAAAUACCUAGAUGUCAAUGUUUUGGGGUUACAAGUAUGAAAUAAGUGUAUUCUACAGAAAACAGGGUUAUUUGUAUAUUUGAUAAUUUAAGAGAAGUCAUCAGUAAGCAG